AUGUCUAAAGUACCUAAAAUACCAUUGGUUAAGAGCUCAAUAGAUUAUGUUUCUAUUUUCAGUAACUAGCAAGACAUUAAAACAAUAUUCCGAAGAGUAAAGAGAUCAGAAGACAGUUUUAAAAAAACAUUAUCAUAAUCUCACAAUAAGUUCUACCAGAAAAUCAUGCAUCACAGAAGAUUAUAGUUACAAGAAGAAUUUGGUAAUAGUUUUGAUGGAAUGGUUGAUCUCGCUAAGCCAAGAAAUAGGCAUCAUCAUUAAGACUAGAUUUAGAAAUUCAAAAAAUUCUCAAACUACAUUGAAGAAGAUAUUGAAAAUGGAAUGAGUCAGCAAUUCAAGGAUUAAAAUAACAAAAAAUAGAGAAAUCAAAGUGAGGUUUAUGAAAAAGCACUCUCCAUAAAUAACAAUGAUGAUUUUCUUAAUAAUAAUAUUUCACCUCAAAGAAGCAUUCUUCAAAGGAAUCAAGAAUAGGAUUAAUCAUUUAAUAAUGAAUUGGUAAAUAGAGAACUAGAAGCCUUAUUUGCUUAGCAAAACGAGGUCAGUAAUUAAAGAAAGAGAAGAAUUACUGAGAUCAAUACUGAUAGGAAGGAGAUUAAAAUACUUUUUGACAGUAAUGCCUUAGACAACAUAUCAUUUAUUUAAUUCGUAAAAUACAUGAAAGAUAAGGAUGUUUUGGAAUAAGUUCUUAUUAGAUUACAAGAAACUAUCCCUGAACUCAAUUAAGAUGGAGUUAAAGAUUUGAGAUAACUUUUACCUGAAGCUGAUAAAAAGUUGUUUAUGGCAUAUCGAGAUAGAUAAAUCACUAUGGAUUAGUUAAAGACAAGAGUGAAUCAAAAGAUGUAGAGAGCAACUUAUAAGUGCUUAGAUGACUUGAUUUAAGAUGGAUUGCAUCCAUCAAUCCUUUAAAAUUUGGAUUAAGCUGGAAAACUUAUUUAAAUGAUCCAUGGGAAAGAUUCAAUUAAUGAUAUCUCUAUCAAAGAAUUGACAUCAUUAGAUAAACCCUGGCAAAGUAAUCCUCAUUGUCUCCGAAGUUUGUUUUAAUCAGAGUAAGCAGAUGAAAGACAAGCCUUACAAAAAGAAUAAAGAAGAGCUUUAGCUAAUGCAGUCAAUCACUCUGAAUUUCAUCCAUAACUAUUAGAACAGAGUGUAAUUAGCCAGAUUGAUGAAUCUUUUAGGGGAAAACUUAAAGAGCCCUAAGUUAUAAUAAGAAAUAGAAGUGAAGAGAAUCUUAACCGUAGUAAAAAAAAUAAAAAGGGUUAGAUUUUCGAUUAAAAAUUAAGAUAAAUAUAAAAGAAAGAGUUGUAUAUCAAGAAACUCAAGAAAACUCUAAAUGACUACUCAAUUAAGCAUUAGAAAGAAUAAUAAGAAAAUGCUGGUGAUAGGAAUAAUCAAAAGGAAUCUACUAAGUAUGCAAGUUUAGGUGCUGAUAUCAAUGUGCUCUGUAUUCCAUUUGAUCUUAAAAAAAUUGACGUGGCAAUGCAGGAUCAACAAAUUGAAGAGAGUCAUUAGUAUAACCUUAAAACAAAUGAGCAAAGGUACAAUAAAAAGGGAUCUGUUCAUCGAGCAAAUCAAAGUGUGAUCAUUCCUCUUUAAGAGUCAAUAAUAAAUCAGUCUUUAGCAAAUAACAAUCGAUUAAGCAUAUAAGCUUAAAGUAUUGAUUAAAGAAGUGUUAGUGCUAAAGGGUCUUCAUAUGGGCUUUCUAAGAAAGACAAAAAGAAACCAAUCAACAAGGAAAUGCUAUUUUUAAGGUAAAUUAAUCAAGAGGGUGGCAAAGUUUAUGUGAAUAAAAGAGAUUAGCACAUUUUAUAGGAAUAUGUUGAUGAUGAAGAUAUAUUUGAUUCAAGUGUCAAAAGAAUAGAAAUAAGAAAGCCAAGACCAAGAGAUAUCCUUAAAAAUGGAUUUCCAUCUUAAAAGAUUCAUAUGCAAUUUACAAACAUUUAAACAGCUGAGAAAGAAAUAGCUAAAAAACCCGAGAUGCAAGCUGAUUAUUAAUAUGUGAUUAAUGAGGUUUUAUCUGAAUCGAAAUUUGAUAAUAAUGAAUUAGCAUCAUAAGAGGAAAUGAUUAUGUCAACCAGACCUGCAAAUGAAAUAGUCAGGAUAGAGAUAACAACACCAUUGGCUAACUAAGAAUAUAGAGAUACAUUUUAAGUUUAGAAAUCUGAGUAAAUUGAUUUAGAAAAGCCAUAGCCAUUUGAAUAAUAGUAAAUUUAAGUUCCUAGCGUAAUCCAACAAUCUUAUCAAGUUCUAUCUGGAGUACUUCAAAAUAGAAAGCGAACUAAUGUAUAUGGAACACAUAAUUAGAAUUCACCUAAUAAAUUAUCGUCUCCUACUAGCCUCUACUAAAAUCAAUCAUUUCAUUACUAAAAUUAAGGCCUAAAAUAAACGAAUCCAAUCUAGCCUUCGCUGAAUUAUGAAAAAGAGCCUAUACGAAAUGUUUAUUCGCAGUAAAUUUCAAGACGAUAAUCACUUUCGUCAAAAUUGCCUAUCUAAAAUGUCUAAUCUGCAGUUUUCACACAAAAAUCUUUAAAAACUUAGGAAUAAUCUUAGAAUAGAUUCAGAAACUCUACUAACAACAAAACAAACAGCACUAAUGUUUCCUAAAACUUCUUAAAUUACGUUGAGAAUCUUGGUAUUCACGUGGACAAUAGUAAAUAACAUCUUCACUCUAAGGAGAUGAUUAUCAAACGCAAUAGAAUUUUCAGCGCUAAAACUAGACCUAAUGCUUUACCAAGUUCUUAAGAUAUUAGCUUUAUGAGAACUCCUUCUUAAAGCAGUCAUAUUUCAUUAGGAGCUAAGUCGAUGUAGCGAAUGGACUACAAGAGUGGAGCAAUUGCUUAUAGAAUUGCUAUGAAGCAGCUUUAAGAAAAUUCAAGCCUGAAUAUUAGGACUUCAGCGCAACUUUUUGAGAACAUAAAUACUAUCAGUAAUUAGCUGUUCAGUCCUGUUCAGUAAAUAUCAUAGCCUAAUCCACCUCAAAAGUGA